UUUAUAUCUAUUUAACCUACUUAGAUCUAUGCGAUUUACAAUUUUUUUUUAUGGUUUUCAUGGAAACAUGAUACAAUCUCUUAAUAAAACAUCGUUUUUGAUACUUCGAUACAAACGUAGUCGUGUGUAGUUUAGCUUUAGAAAAAAAAUCAAAUCACAUAGUCACAAAGGGGCAAGCGGAUGAAAAUUAAAUUUUAAACAAUAAAUGACUAUAUUUUUAAGUCGUGAUUACUGUUUGUUUUUUCAAUUGGUAUGCAUGCCUAGGUGUACAGGCUCAAAUUAAUGAUGGAUUUGCUGUCAACCUAUGAGGAGCUUUCACGAUAGCCCAUUUAUUAAUGAAGGAAAUUUGUGAAAACCUUUCUUCAAAUGAUGAGGAAGAAAAAGAAAAGGUACCUUGUGAUGAAUUUUAUAACUUAACCCAGUUAGCAGAAGUUAGUCUUGCAGCUGGAGCCAUUACUUCCCCCUCAAUUCCACUCACAUCCCGAAAAGAAUAUGGAUGUCGUGACUGUGGUAAGAGAUAUAGUACAUCAAGUAAUCUAGCAAGGCAUAGACAAACACAUCGUUCUUUGUCAGAUAAGAAAGCUAAAAGUUGUCCACAUUGUGGAAAACUAUAUGUAUCCGUACCAGCAUUUAGCAUGCACAUAAGGACUCAUAGUCAAACAUGCAGGUGUCAGAUCUGUGGCAAGGCGUUUUCCCGUCCAUGGCUAUUACAAGGUCAUAUAAGAACACACACAGGUGAAAAACCAUUUAAGUGUGAAGUAUGUAGUAAAGCUUUUGCAGACAAAUCAAACUUGCGAGCUCAUAUUCAAACCCACUCAGAACAAAAGCCACAUUCAUGUUCUCGUUGUGGCAAAGCAUUCGCUCUUCGUUCUUAUUUAUAUAAGCAUGAAGAAUCAGCUUGCUUCAGAUCACCACGAUCAACUCUUCAAGUCAUCUCAGUUUGAGAUUGUUUUGUUUUCACUUUUUUAAUGUAUCUAAAAGAGGUAUUAUAUUUCAUACCAUAAUGAAAUGUACAACGUGUGGAUACAAAUCUAGAUAGUGUAUAUAUUUUCUUUAUUAGUUGAAUAAAUAAUUGAAGGUCAUACAUAGUUCCUUCAAAGUUAUUUUUUCUAUUUAAUAAAUAUGACAUAUAAGUUAUUUAUUUAAGAACAAUAGUAUAUAAUUAAAUUAUUAUAGAUGCAAUUAGAGUUUCAAAUUCAAAUUCAAAAUCCUAUUUAUAUUGAGAUGUUAUAAAAUACAAUUAAAGCUAAAACAAUGCCAGUAGUGAGUAAUUAUGACAACAAACUAAUAAAUAAAAUUAUAAAAAUCAGAAUCGCUUGGCUGCUAGGUUCUCUGUUAAUAAUUCUAUUAACAAACUAUAAUAACUUCAGUUUUAAAUGAGCAUUACUGCAUCAUUAAUUUGAGCAUUCAAGUUUCAUUAUUGUUUUUGAAAUGUUUGGUUUAAAAAUGAAAAUAAUUUAUAAUAAACUAUGGCCAUUACGACAGACAUAAAUAAUAAUGCAUAAAUGUUUCAUCGUUCUUAACCUUUUUUUUUUAAUUUCGCAAUAAUAUAGCAUUAAAAAUGUUGUGUUCAAAAUAUAAAAAUUAACUGAAUUAUUAAAUAAUUAUUAUCUGUUGGUGUAACAGGAAUUAGUAAUGUUCCUACCUUCAAACUAAGAUGAUUCAGUUUCUGAAAUCACUGAAGAUAAAGAUGGGUUGCCUACUAGGAAUUGGAACUGUUUAAAUUGUUCAACAUAAACUGUUGAUUUUUAUUUAAUGUAGCCUACCAUCUUCAAGGUUCAUAUAUAAGAAUAGCAAGUUUCAGUUUAUUUGUUAAUUUCUUUUUACAGUUUAUAUUUAUUAUUAAAUUAUGCACUUAGCUUGUAUUGUUAAAGAAUAGGCUGACUGUUGUUUUGUUUAUCUAAUAAAUUGGUGAAUAGGCUAAUUGCUUAUUUUUAGCCAUUUGGAUUUAAUAAUAACAUUAAUAUUUAUAUGAUAAAGAAUUAAUGAAGAUAUGUAUGGGAUACUGACAAAAAAUAACAACUUAGUAACCCUUAAAAUGAUUCGAGUAAUAUUUAUUGAGCUGUUUAAUUAUUUUUUACAAUUAUUGAUGGAUUAUCUCUAUUUUCUAUAUAAACUGACCUAAUUAGUCCUUUGCAAUACAUUGAAUAAAAAUAAUAUACAUUUGCCAACCAUAUUAGUAAAAUAUUAUUAUAAAGCUAACUUCAGUUAUCAAUAACAAAUACCAGAGACCAAAUUUCCUUGCAGUAAAAAUCUGAAAAUGUACAAAAUCAUGUAGUAAAAACUUAAAUUUUUAAAAUUGUGUUAUUAACUCCUAAAAAUUUGCAAAAAUGAUCUAUUUUAUUUAAUUUAUUAUAUUGAUACAUCGAAACCUAAUCAAAUCAAAUAAAAUGUGCAAUAACAUGGAAAUCUAGUUUCUAAUUAAUAUAAUUAAUUAAACAAAAUAUAUGUUUGCAGGUUUUUAAGUAUUAAUUAUUUUAAAUAUUUUGGAUUGUUACUACAUGAUUUUGCAUAUUUUGAGUUUUUUACUGUAUGGAAAUCCAGUCUCUUAUAAUAACAAAUAUCACAUUGUGUCAAUAAAAAUAUGUAUCUUAAUAAUUUGUACAUUCAUAUUUAUAAAAAUGAGUCUAUAUAUGUUUGUCAGCCAUAGAUUCCCAGACUAUCCAACUGAUUAUGCACAAUGUUCCAUGAAAACUUCACAUAAGUCAGAAAAGGAAACUGUUCAAUAUAGUCAUUAUCAGCCCUUUACUUUAAAUGGCUCGGGAUUUGGAAAAAAACUUCCUAUAAAUAGUUUUUGCAGUCACUUUCAAUAAAUGGCAGUGACAAACUGAAUCGCUAAUAAAAACGUGUGUUUUUACAAGAAAAAUAUUUUUGGAGUAGCCAUCCCCAAAUAGUAGCAUAUAACAAGCUUACCUUUCUUGCUUUACAACCUUGAUAGCCAAUCAAGGCAGCUUUGCUUCAGCAAGAUACAUUCUAUUUACCAUUUACAUCGAGUUUCCAAUGAGUUUCUCUUCGGAAAGCAUCAAGGUCCUGGUAUAGAAAAUUAACCCUUUUUUUCAAAAGCCGUUAGAAUUAAUUAUUCCAUAUCUAACUUGUAUUCGAUCAAAUAUCUUUUAAUGCAGAGUCCAACCAUUGAUUUGAAUUCAUGAAACACUGCAUUAUUGGUAUUGUUAUAUUUUUCAUGAGAUAUUAGGAUUUUUAUUGAUUAUAAAAGAAUCAAUUAAUCAUAAUUUUAAUUGUUCUGAUAAAUCCAGUGAAUUAUAAUACGAUUUUCAGAAUUAUAAUCACUUGUUAAAUUAAUUUAUUUACUCUAGCAUUAAUAAUUUCUAGAUUACUGUUAAUAUGUUUGCUAUAAAAUGACUUUUGCUAACAAUAAUCAGUAGUAUUACUAUAAAAUAAUGACCAGGUGGGGACAUAGUGCAACAUAUAUUUAUAAUAUAAGUUUAGACAUACAAUUUAUUUUUCAUAUAUCUAUAGUAACCAGAAACAACAGAUCCUAUUUUUAAAAAACUAUGCUAAUUUUAUUGAAGAUAAGAUAACUUUAAGUAUUUUCAUCACUUUAAAAUUGACCUACCAUGUACUUUAGAAAAGAAGAAAUAUGAAAUCUCAUGCUUGCUAUUUAAAUAUUAAAGGGACCAAUAUGGUUAUUCAUUUUAGAAAAAAAAAACAAUGUUUUUGUUAUAGCAAAACUAAGAAUAAUAAACGAAUCAAAUUUAGUAUCAGAGAUAUUGUAAAGUAUAAGAAUGUACCGUCUUUAUAAUUUUUAUUUAAGGGGAACUAUAUUGCAUAUUAAUAAAUAAAUAAUAUUAAGUGUAUUU